GCUGAUCUUGGCCCUGAUAAAUACUUGUCCGACAAAGACUUGCAGUAUGCUGUGAAACUUCUUUCUUCCUGUUCUCAUCCCUAUAUUUACAAAAUCACUUUUGCCACUGCCAAUGAAUCUUCAGCGCUGGUUAUUAGACCAUUCAGUGAAAAAGGGACACUCAAGGACCUUAUUUAUAAGGCGAAGCCAAAAGACCCAUUCCUGAAGAAGUAUUGCAAUCCUAAAAAAAUUCAAGGUCUUGAACUUCAGCAAAUAAAAACAUAUGGAAGGCAAAUAUUAGAGGUAUUAAAAUUCUUGCAUGAGAAAGGAUUUCCUUACGGCCAUCUUCAUUCUGCCAACGUGAUGUUGGAUGGGGACACCUGCAAGUUACUGGAUCUAGAAAAUUCCUUGUUGGGACUUCCAUCAUUUUAUCGAUCAUACUUCUCACAGUUUCGGAAAAUUAAUACUCUAGAAGGUGUUGAUGUACAUUGCUUUGGGCACUUACUGUAUGAAAUGACAUAUGGAAGACCCCCAGAUACGAUCCCAGUAGAGAGCUUCCCUCCGGCACCAUCAGUGUUUGUUGUGUCUGUGUUGGAAUCCAUUCUGACCUGUGAAGCUAUGAAGAAUGGCAUGCCAACUGUUUUGCGGCUCUUACAGAUGCCAUUAUUCAGUGAUGUCCUGCUCACAAACUCCGAGAAACCACAGUUUAAGAUUCCUACUAAGCUAAAAGAGGCAUUGAAAACCUCCAAGGAAUGCAUAGAAAAACGAUUAACAGAUGAACAGAAAUUGAUUCACCAGCACAGAAGGCUGACAAGAGCUCAGUCCCAUCAUGGCUCUGAAGAAGAAAAAAAGAAAAGGAAGAUCUUAGCACGAAAAAAGUCAAAACGCUCGGCCUAUGAAAGUGGGGAAGAACACUCAGCAAAAUACAGCAACUCAAAUAACUCAGCAGGCUCUGGGGCGAGUUCCCCAUUAACAUCUCCAUCAUCCCCCACUCCACCCUCGACAGCAGGAGCAUCGUUGAUACCCCCAGCACCGCCACCGCCACCCCUGCCACCAGCAGCUCCUCCUCCUCCUCCUCGUGCAGAGGUGCCAACGCAGCCGUGCCCACAGCCCGACAUCAGUGCAAGCCGAGGAGCCCUGCUCAGCUCCAUUCAAAACUUUCAGAAAGGAACUCUGAAGAAAACACAGACGUGCGACUACAGCGCUCCCAGGAUCAGCUGAGGCUGCUGCUCCCACCAGGAUUGAAUCCCCUUUCCUCCUCCUGUGCUGUCCCAGAACAAGACCCUUCUGACCGGCGACUGAUCCACCAGCACAUAGCGGCUCAUCACGCUGUAGCUCCGUUCACCCCAAUUUCAGCUUUCCUUGAGCAGCAGCACUGCCCUGUCUGAAUUGCGUUGCCAUGCCGUGAGAAGUACUCCAUCCUUCACCUGGUUUCAAGAACUUUGUUCUCUAGCUACAGUUUCAGGGGUACAGCAACUUCUGUACAGCUGAAUAAAAGUCUGAAAGUAGGAAUGACCACGAUCAUGGUGAAUUAAUGCGUUUUUUCUAGUUCUGUUCCACCCCUUUUUUUUCAAAUUGCAGGAAUGUAGCUUUAGUCUGCUCAGUUUUUCAAUGCUUUUCUUGCAGUUAUAACUCAUCUUAAUUCUUGCUGCACUGAAUCAGCAAGACUUGCUUUAGAUAAUCCACUCCCCUGCCCCCAACCCUUAAAGUGUACUGCACAGGCGAGGGAACUGGAGAGUUAAAUCUUAUUCCCACCAUAUUUGCAGGUGGAGUAAAAAUGCUGUCUCAUUAAACUUGUUGAAAUGGACUCCUACCUGUAACUCUAAGGGAAAGUGUUAUUAAAUGAGGAAACAGUUGAAAUGAGAGUUAACGGGGCACUGGGAUAAUUAUUCUUGAUUUAGUUAAAUGCAAAGUUACUUCAAGUUAAUUCUACAGCUUAAACUUUAUUGAAAGAUCCUUUUUGAUUUAAAACCUUAAAACAAAUUGCACUUUAAAGGAUUAUAGAUAAUCCAUUUUUUAAAUUCAAGUACAUCAGUGUUUGUUACUAUGCAGAGAAUGUCUGUACAAAGUUUCCUGUAACCUGUGAUAUCCAGUCAUUUUUAUUAAAAUGUUAAUGGAA